UAAAGAUACCUGUCAAAGAAAUUGGAGAAUUUUUUUUUUUUUUGAAAUUCCCACAUUCGCGUGCUGUGUUUUAGAUCACCGGAAUCAAUAAGAUGUUCAUGGAUGUCGUAUAGCCUUUUUUUUCUUCUUUUUUUUUUUGGAGGCGUGUAGACAAUACAGCGGUCGAGUUUGGGCUGGAAACCCCCCAUGCGAACGAGAACGAGGGAGCUUGGAUGAUCAUCGGUGUGCAGUUGGAUUAAAAGUUUCUUUGAGGACGGUCAGGAGUCUCUUGUCUUCCUCCUCUUUGUCCUCCAUCCGGAUGGGUUCCCCCAUGUUUUUAGGUCAUCUCGUCGGGGGAGCGCUGGAAAUUAUGCAUCCCAGCAGCAUUGAGAAAGACACAACCUACACUAAGAUCUUCGUCGGGGGUCUACCUUACCACACGAACGACGCUUCUCUCCGGAAAUAUUUCGACUUUCGGGACAUCGACGAGGCUGUCGUGAUAGCGGACAGACAGACCGGCAAAUCCAGAGGAUACGGCUUUGUGACGAUGAUGGACAGGGCUUCUGCCGAGCGGCGGGCGUGCAAAGAUGCCAACCCCAUCAUCGACGGCAGAAAAGCCAACGUCAACCUGGCGUACCUGGGAGCCAAGCCCCGCAGCCUCAGACGAUGCACUCUGAACCGUGACAGCGGCUCUCCUUCGCUGCCUCUGUGGAUGCUGGCCGGACAGAACGCCGGCGAGCGUAGAUCCACACUAUAUAGAUUUGUUCCAUUGGGGGAUAUGCGUCUACAUUUUUCUCUUAUUGCCGACACCAAGUCGCUAUCUCAGAUCGCAGCAGAGCAGCUGGUAGUGAUGUCAGGGUCCUUAUGGCAGCAUGUGUCUCAGACAGAGCACACCGGGGUGCUGCAGGCCCUCACCAUCAACAGCUCUCACCGCUCCAUAGUGUUUUCAUGGCUGACUGUUCCACAAGCUUCCAUAUGA